AUUAGGGAUGUAAUUUGAUGAUGAAGACCAUCUAUGAUAUUAAAAUUGUGUCUGAGCCAUAGAGCGAGAUGAACCCUUCUGCUCCUCCCUUCCAGCCACCUCCCGCCGGCGGCUUUCCUCUUCUGCCGCCAGCACUGCCUUCCUCGACUGGAUUUCUCCCGCCUCCGGGAACCACCAAUUCCGCGCCUCGCCCUCUGUUCCCUCCCCCAACCACCACAACAACCGCCGAGGCAUCUGAUAUCCCCACUGCUCUCUCCGCCCUCACUUCGCUUCUGCUCCUAUCUCAAAACUCUCUCGAUUCACUCUCCGGUAUUCUUCCGACGGCUUCUCCCUCUCCCACUGCUCUUAUCCCUUGUCCUUUCAACCCCUCUCACCGCCUCCCCCCUCCCCCUCUAUUCAACCACAGCCUCCACUGCAUUCCUUCCUCAUCGUCUGCUGAAUUGGAUUCUCUAAUCCAGUCUUGUAGCUACCCUCACAACCUCCACUCAUCUGCAGAGGGAAACGAUACCCUUUUCAAUCAGUCCCUCAAUGACCCCGAAGUCGAACUAUGCUUCUCUGUGGAAAGCUACUCCGGUUUUGAUCGGAAUGGUUUCUUAUACUCGGAUUGUCCUGAAGUUGUGAUGAGGGAUGUAAUAGAGGAAUACAUGGAGAUUAUUAAGCAAACUGGGGGAGUGGAAAACUUAACAAAAGGAGAAGAAACAUACAAUGAUGCAAAGUCCAAUAAGAGUCAAUUGGAAUCAUCUUUAACAAAGGAACAUACACAUCAGUACACGAAAGACUCACAUUCUCUUCGGGAAGCCCAAUCAUCAGACUUCAGAGAUGGGUCUUCAAAAGAGAAAACUCAAGAUAGAUGUAACUACUCUCAUAUCACUGUGGAUGCAGAUAGAAGUGCUGUGAGAAAUGGGCGUAGCAGGCUGGAUUGUUCUAGAAGCCCAGAUAGAAGCACUACUUAUAAAAGCAAGCACACAAGUUUGAGGAGACAAGGUGAUCGAGAAGCAUACGAAGAAGAUUUUUAUCACAGUUCCAGUAGAAAACACCAGAAAUCAUAUGAUAGGAGUAUUCACAAAGAGAGAGUUGACCAUAGAAGACGGAGGAAAACUGAAGCAUACAAUGAUCAUACUUCAGUUUCUACUUUGCGCAAUGAGUUUGAUGACAGAUAUGAUCCUUCAGAAUCUCGUGAUAGUCUAUGAAGACAAUAUCCAACUGUCAUGGUAAAGUGAGUAGCUCAGACCCUUUGCUGUUAUGAUCGGGCAUGGUUUCCACAAAAGGUUAUGAUUAUGGCUGUUAGACAUAAGGAUUUUUCUUUCUGUGGUAACUGUAGAAGUGAAACAGGUCGCUGCAGUUUGUCUACAUCUGUAUCCUCCUCUGUAUCCUUUUAAUGUUUUUUUUUGAGAAGUAAUAACUCUAUUACAACGUAGUAGUUGUUCAUACAUACUUUCCCAACAUAUCUAAGCACAUAACUAAGCACAUAGAAUUCUUUUUUAGGCAAAUACAUAGAGUUACUUCCUCCACUGGGAUUCGAACUCGUGACCUCCCAUUUGGGAAAGCAAUGAUCACGCCGCUGGACCACAAGAAUCUGUUACUGCAUAGUUUCACAUGGGAAGCAUUGUGCAUUUUAUUUCCAGGGAGUCCUACUUGAUUCAAGACAUCAUAAAGAUCACACCACUGG